GCUUCGGCAGCGUUAUUUUGUUCGUCUGAUAUUCACGACCACCUUUUACGCACAGUUCCUCGCGCAAGCCCGCUUCCUCUCCUCUCCGUUGCAGUGGCACUACGUAAACUGCUUAAGCCGCCCGUGAGGUGGGAACUGUGUUGAACGUGACAUGCUUCGCGUCUGGAUGUGCCCCUCAUCCACUGGCUGAGACACUGCCCUGCACGGACCAAUAAGAAGCCCAGCAUAAGUUUGAGACUGCUGUAGUACAAUCUGCAAACUUUGACACCUUUCCUAUUGAAUGUUAUUAUCUUUUAGAAAAAAAUGGUUCAACAAGUUCCAGAAAACGUAACUUUUCCAAAUGAGGAAGAGCGGAUAUUGGAGCUCUGGAAAAAUCUCAAUUGCUUCCAGGAAUGCCUAAAGCAAUCAAAGAAUAGACCUAGGUUUAACUUCUAUGAUGGCCCUCCAUUUGCUACUGGGCUUCCACACUAUGGCCAUAUCCUUGCAGGAACCAUUAAAGACAUAGUAACCAGAUUUGCUCAUCAGAGUGGUUUUCAUGUUGACAGAAGAUUUGGCUGGGAUUGCCAUGGCUUACCUGUGGAAUAUGAGAUUGACAAGACCUUAGGCAUUAAAGGGCCAGAGGAUGUGGCGAAGAUGGGGAUUGAAGAAUACAACAACCAGUGCAGAGGAAUUGUGAUGAGAUACUCGAAGGAAUGGGAGUUCAGUGUUACCAGAUUAGGACGCUGGAUUGAUUUUGAAAAUGACUAUAAAACUCUUUAUCCUGAGUUCAUGGAGUCUGUGUGGUGGGUUUUCAAGCAACUGUAUGACAAAGGACUGGUGUAUAGAGGUGUUAAGGUCAUGCCUUUUUCAACUGCAUGCAACACUCCACUCUCAAACUUUGAAUCCCAUCAGAAUUACAAGGAUGUUCAAGAUCCGUCAGUGAUUGUGAGCUUCCCACUGGAUGAAGAUGCAAGUGUUUCUCUUGUUGCUUGGACCACUACUCCUUGGACCUUGCCUAGUAAUUUGGCCCUCUGCGUUAAUCCAGAAUUGCAAUAUGUGAAAUUGAGAGAUAAUGCCACAGGAAAGAUUUACAUUUUGAUGGAAUCCAGGCUGAUAGCACUGUACAAAUCUGACAGUGAAUAUGAGAUACUUGACAGGUUUCCUGGCAUUGCUCUUAAAGGCAAGAAAUAUAAACCACUUUUUGAAUAUUUUAUUCAGUGCAAAGAUAAAGGUGCCUUUGCUGUGGUAGUAGACAGUUACGUGAAGGAGGAGGAAGGCACAGGUGUUGUACAUCAGGCCCCCUAUUUUGGUGCAGAUGAUUACAGAGUCUGCAUGGAUUUUGAUAUUAUUCAGAAAGAUUCUGUGCCUGUUUGUCCUGUUGAUGCAUCAGGCUGCUUCACAGCAGAAGUGACUGACUUUGCUGGACAGUACGUGAAGGAUGCAGAUAAGAACAUCAUUAAAUUACUGAAAGAGAAAGGCAGACUGGUUCACAGCAGUAGUUUUAAGCACAGCUAUCCUUUCUGCUGGAGGUCAGAUACUCCAUUGAUAUACAAAGCUGUGCCAAGCUGGUUUGUAAGAGUGGAGCACAUGGUGGAGAAGCUGCUGGAGAAUAAUGCCCAAUGCUACUGGGUUCCAGAUUUUGUGAGGGAGAAGCGUUUUGGGAACUGGCUUAAAGAUGCACGAGAUUGGGCUAUCUCUAGAAACCGGUACUGGGGAACGCCCAUCCCUUUGUGGGUCAGUGAGGAUUUUGAAGAGGUGGUGUGUAUUGGUUCAAUGGCAGAACUGGAAGAGCUGUCUGGAGUGAAAGUCACUGAUCUCCAUCGAGAAAGUAUUGAUCCCCUAACGAUCCCUUCACGCUGUGGCAAGGGCUUACUGCGCCGGGUCCCUGAAGUUUUUGAUUGCUGGUUUGAGAGUGGAAGCAUGCCUUACGCACAAGUCCAUUAUCCAUUUGAAAACAAGAAAGAACUUGAAGAUGCUUUCCCUGCUGACUUCAUUGCUGAAGGCAUUGACCAAACCCGAGGAUGGUUCUACACUUUGCUGGUGCUCUCCACUGCUCUUUUUGGAAGGCCUCCUUUCAAGAACGUAAUUGUGAAUGGCCUCGUUCUUGCCAGUGAUGGCCAAAAAAUGAGCAAAAGGAAGAAGAACUAUCCUGAUCCCAUGAGUAUUGUAAAUAGUUAUGGAGCUGAUGCACUAAGGCUAUACCUGAUCAAUUCUCCUGUGGUAAGAGCAGAAAAUCUGAGAUUUAAGGAGGAAGGAGUAAGGGAUAUACUGAAGGAUGUCUUCCUGCCCUGGUACAAUGCGUAUCGCUUUCUUGUUCAGAACGUUCAGAUCCUCCAACAUAAGGAUGAGGGAAGAGAAUUCCUUUACAAUGAGAACACAGUUAAGGAGAGCCGUAACAUCAUGGAUAAAUGGAUUCUUUCUUUCACCCAGUCGCUCAUUCAGUUCUUCAAAGCUGAAAUGGCAGCUUACAGGCUGUACACUGUAGUGCCUCGAUUAGUGAAGUUUGUUGAUAUUCUGACCAACUGGUACGUUAGAAUGAAUCGCAGAAGACUAAAGGGUGAGAAUGGGACUGAAGACUGCAUUAUGGCCUUGGAAACCUUGUUUAGUGUUUUGUUCUCCAUGUGCAGACUUAUGGCACCAUAUACUCCAUUUAUCACUGAGCUGAUGUACCAGAAUCUGAAGACACUUAUUGAUCCGGCGUCGGUUCAGGAGAAGAACACUGAGAGCAUUCACUACCUCAUGCUUCCCCAAGUGAGGGAGGAUCUCAUCGACAAAAAAAUUGAAAGUGCCGUUUCUUGUUUGCAGUCUGUUAUUGAGCUUGGACGAGUAAUCAGAGACAGAAAAACCAUUCCAGUAAAGUAUCCAUUGAAAGAAGUAGUUGUUAUCCAUCAGGAUCCAGAGGCUCUGGAAAACAUCAGAUCUUUAGAGAAGUACAUACUUGAGGAACUUAAUGUGCGUCAGGUGACACUAUCUACUAAUAAAGAUAAAUACGGAGUCCGGCUGAGAGCAGAGCCAGACCACAUGGUGCUCGGGAAGCGUUUGAAAGGGGCAUUUAAGGUUGUCGCAGCUGCAAUCAAAGAGCUGAAGAGCGAGCAGCUGGAGAAAUUCCAGGAGACAGGCACCAUUGUUGUAGAAGGACAUGAGCUCCAUGGGGAAGAUCUUCGUCUCAUGUACACCUUUGAUCAGGUUGCAGGAGGCUCUGCCCAGUUUGAGGCACAUUCUGAUGCUCAGGUUUUAGUUCUGCUGGAUGUUACCCCAGACCAGUCCAUGGUGGAUGAAGGAGUUGCCCGGGAAGUGAUUAAUCGCAUCCAGAAACUCCGCAAAAAGCGAAAUCUGGUUCCUACGGAUGAGAUUACAGUGUACUACAGAGCGCACCCAGAAGGUGACUACCUGGAUACUGUCAUUAAGGAACAUACGGAUUUCAUUUUUGCAACGAUAAAGGCUGCCCUGAAGCCCUACCCGGUGCCUACCUCAAAAGAAGUUCUCAUCCAGGAGACAACCCAACUGAAGGGAUCAGAGCUAGAAAUCACGCUCGUCAGAGGCGGUUUGUGUCCGUGCGUUGGUCCAGCCUGUGCCUACGUCAACCUCAAAGUUUGCGUUAAUGGCACAGAGCAAGAUGGUGUGUUGCUGCUGGAGAAUCCAAAAGGAGAUAAUACCUUGAACUUCGCUGGACUUGUCGAUGCUGUCUCCUGCAUUUUUGGUCUUAAAAAUUCAAAACUGUCAGUUUUUAGUGGAAAAACAGAACUGAUAAACAAAACUGACUUGCUGAGUCUCAGCGGAAAGACUCUACAUGUGACAACGGGGUCAGCACCUGCGCUGAUCACCUCUCCUGAUGCGCUGCUCUGCCAGUAUAUCAACUUGCAGCUAAUGAACGCAAAGCCACAAGAAUGUCAGAAAGGAACAGUGGGAACCCUUCUAAUGGAAAACCCCGUUGGGCAGAACGGAUUAACAUACCAAGGUCUUCUACAUGAAACAGCAAAAGUCUUUGGGCUCAGAAGCAGGAGGCUAAAAUUGUUCCUGGAUGAAGCGCAAACUCAGGAGAUCACAAAGGACAUCUCCAUGAAGAACUUGAACAUGAAGACUGUCUACGUUCGUGUUAUACCCACCACAGCUGAAUGUUGAGAAUUCCAUUUUUAUGAAUACGACCAUGCAGACUUUUUUCCACAAAAAACGAAGUCAAAUUAAAUUAGUAUGCUUUUAGAUUAACAUCCAAGUUGUGCGCGGUACUUUUAACAUCCCAAACUGCACACAGGAUGUUUUCUACCAGUGCAUGUCUAAUAUGCUGCUCUUUGGUUCAAAUACAAUGUAUUUUCAUUAUGUUAUCUUAUGAUACCGUAAAAGCUGGUCAGAAAAAUGUCAGAACUCCUUAACCUUAGAUAUCUAUGCAGAAAUUUGCCUGAAAGAAAUGGGACUAGUACCUCAGUGAUGCUGCUCUCCGCCUGUCCUUUACGCAGAGGGCGUCUUUGAUUUUCUAAACCAUGGCUUUCCUACAAGGCUGUAUGAUCUAUAUUCCAUGUUACGAUAGCUUUGGCGCUUAUUUAAGGGUUACUAGCUGGAUUUUCAUGAAGUGUGUGGCUGUUGAUUUUAAAAUACUCCCUAAUUUCAACAUUUGGAACAAUAAAUUUGCUUCAUCUCCAAACUCUUGUUUCCCUGAGUUCAAACUACUUUGCUUCCUUACAUUUUCUAGAGAAGAUAAUGCUCAGCACACCGUAUGGAUCAGGAAAAACUAGAGAAACUUGAAAUCGGAACACAUCCAUACUGAAUGCCAGUGACUGUUUGGAUUGUGAUUCUUGACAAUUUGGGGGAUAUCGUUUAGUUAGGGUUUUUGGGGAGGGCUGUUCACUUCAGUUUCAGAUUUCAAAGCAGUUUUAGAUUGAAAUUAGUGUUGGGUUUUUAGUUUUUAUAAUAAUCAAUAUAACUUGCCACAUGUUUUGGUGUUAGCUUGUGUAUCUGUAAGCAAGUGAAAUAACGAGACAACCUUUUUUCAGUUUGAGGAUGUUUUUUGACUAGUCACCUGAAAGUAGGAACUUAAGCGUAGUUAAGUUUCCCCGCGUUUCAGUAGCGUUGUUAAUCAGUGUUGGACCGUGCUAUCGUGCAGCAUACUGACCUUGAGGAGGCGUACGUGCAUGCAGCUGCCUUCGCUCCUGGCCCUUUAUGAGCUUCCUGAGAACAAGAUGACGUACACUGCGAACACCAGUACCGAGAGAGAGACAUUUUGUAAGAAUAACAAAGUCUUGCUUAGCAUGUUUUUCCAUUGCUCUAUGCUUUUCAUCUUUACACUAUGAAUAUAAACCAAAGCUUUUUUUGUGAUAACACUGUUAGUGGGAAUAACUAUAAAUAAAUGUUCUGUGUAACUACUGUGCUCUAGUGGGCCAUACCAAAACUGUAAGUACUCGUUUGAAGUAAAUCAAGUCUCUGGCAUUCAGCUUACAUAAAAAUAUUUUUAUCAGUAUUUAAAAAUGUUAGUGCCUGAACCUACGGAAUCACUGGCCCGUCCAGUUUAAUGAAUAUUGGAUGUCGCCCUCUACCUUUCCCUGUAAGCCAGCUUGCUUAUCUUUUUAUUGACAUACUGACAUGGAAAUAAAAUUUGCCUUUUUUUUUUUCCACAUUAAAAAUGUCCAGGUUAUGUCUUCUGCAAAGGUAAGACUCCUGUUCU